AUGGGAUUCCCUCUGGGGCGAGCGCUGAGUCAAAACUGCUGCAGGCUGCACAGCAAGUCUGACCCUUAUAUCACCCAGCCUCAACCACUGAUAUGGUUCUCGGAAAACGCCACGCUUCUGGGUAAGAAACUUACAGCCAGGCUUGAAAUUGAGUGCGAGGGUGAACAGCAGACCUGUCCCAGCAGCCAGCGAAGAGAGAGGGAGAGAGAGAUCUGUCCCAGCAGUCAGGAGAGCCCCCCCGAGAGAGCCCAGGCUGCCACCAGUGAACGUGUGCGUGAAGGUGACGAGAAUAUGGAGCGAGGUAACUGGUCCUCGAAGAUUGACUACUUGCUCUCAGUGAUCGGUUCUGCUGUGGGUUUGGGCAAUGUAUGGAGAUUCCCGUACCUGGCCUACAGAAAUGGAGGAGAUGCACUCCAACAACACAAGCCGCACCACGUGACCGUCGUUCGUUGGGUCUCGCGCGUUCCAAUUCGAACUCCUGGCCGUUGGCCACCAGCUGCUGCGGAGCGCGAACGCACGUGUCAGCAGCUUGAGGAGAUUCCCCUAAAGGUGUUCACGACAUCAUUCCCGGCAAGUGGGCCUACGUUAAGAAAAUACACAAAGAACCGUUGGGUGCCAAGUGGGAAGAGUGCUGCCAAUCCAGCAGUGAACAGAAAUGAUGAAAAUGUGAAGAGAGGUAACUGGUCCUCGAAGACUGACUACUUGCUCUUGAUGAUUGGCUGUGCUGUGGGUCUAGGCAAUGUCUGGAGAUUCCCUUUCCUGGCUUACAAAAAUGGAGGAGGUGUAUUUCUUAUUCCCUACUCAAUCAUGCUGGGUCUUGUUGGGAUACCAAUAUUUUUCUUGGAAUCUUCCUUUGGACAGUUUGCCAGCCUCGGGCCUGUUGCAGUGUGGAAAUCUGUACCAAUGUUACAAGGUGUUGGAGUCACCAUGGUCCUUCUGAUCGUAAUUGCCAACAUUUCCUAUGCCUGCAUUAUUGGUUACAGUCUCUACUACCUGUUUGCUUCCUUCCAAUCACCCCUACCAUGGGCAGACUGCUUCAGUUGGUGGGGAGCAGAUGAAACAUGCAGCAGGACUCCCAAAGAUCCAUUUUGCAAUCUUACUCUGGACGAUGGAUAUUUUGAAGUCAUUAAUACAACAUGGCUGCAGACGUAUAAUAACACUUGCCUAAUUGGAUCAGAAAUCUCCAUUCCUCACCAGGGUCCGAGUGAGCAAUACUGGGAUCAAGCAGUUUUACACCGUACAAGUUCAUUGGAUGAGACUGGGGAGAUAGUCUGGCAUUUAGCCCUCUGUCUGCUUCUAGCCUGGCUGAUGGUUGGGGCAGCAUUUUUGAAAGGAAUCAAAUCUUCAGGAAAGGUUGUUUAUUUCACUGCAAUUAUCCCGUAUGUGGUUCUGACGAUACUCCUGAUCCGAGGGGUUACCCUGGAGGGAGCCUCUAAAGGAAUUGAAUUCUACAUCGGAAGCCAGUCAGACUUCUCCAAACUGGCUGAUGCUCAGGUCUGGAAAGAUGCUGCAACACAAAUUUUCUACUCGACAUCAGUGGGUUGGGGCAGUUUAAUCACAUUGUCAUCCUACAACAAAUUCCACAACAACUGUUACCAAGAUACCAUCAUUGUCUGUGUUGUUAAUUGUGCUACGAGUGUGUUUGCGGGAUUUAUCAUCUUCUCCACUCUUGGACACAUGACUCAUGUGCAAAACAAGCCCGUUUCAGAGGUUGCACAGUCAGGGUUUGGUUUGGCCUUUAUUGCCUACCCAGAGGCCCUUGCACAGUUGCCAUGGGCAACUUUAUGGUCCAUUUUAUUUUUCUUCAUGCUAAUCACUUUGGGACUUGACACACUCUUUGCAAGUUUUGAAACAGUAAUAACAAGCCUGCUGGACCAGUUUCCUGAGUUCCUUAGGCCAAAGCGUCUUUAUCUGACAGCUGGUCUUUGUUUGUUAUUUUAUUUCCUUGGCCUUCUGUUUGUAACACAGGCUGGGAUUUAUUGGUUACAUUUAAUGGAUUAUUUCUGUACUGGAUGGAUUCUCAUUGUAGUUGCUCUGUUGGAACUCAUUGGUCUCAGCUGGAUCUAUGGGAUAAACAGAUUCAUCAAGGACAUUGAGAUGAUGAUUGGGAAAAGGAAUUGGCUUUUCUGGCUCUGGUGGAGAGCUUGUUGGAUUCUGAUCUCUCCGUGCAUUUUAACCGCAAUCUUAGUCUGGUCCUUAACAACAUUUGCCCUUCCAACAUAUGGACCAGUUGAAUACUCUGUCUGGUCAAUAGCGCUGGGCUGGUGUAUGAUCAUCUUGUGUAUUAUGUGGGUACCCAUAAUAGCCGUGGUGAGAGUUGUCCAAGCUGAGGUUUCUGCAUGGGAGUCGGUUGGGGCAGGGCCCCAUGCAGUCCCAGAUCCUUGGCUGGCUCUGGCUCUAGCACUGAGGUCACAGAUGAGGCCUGAGCCAGGAUCCCGAUGA